AUGAAGAAGAAGGCUGGAGCAAAAAGUACUGAUCCUAAAGACAUUAAUACUUCUGCGAUUAUCAAUAAAUCACGUGUAUUCCGUGAUGUUACAUUAGAUCUUUCUAAAUGUAGAGCAGCUAUGAUUGCAAUUUUACAAGCAACAGCAAUUGGCGUUCAAUUCACUGACAAAGAGCAAACUGAACUAUUUUUCAGUUUAACACAACUUAUGCAUAAUCAAGAUCCAUAUAUUCAUCGCCUUCUUAUUCUUUUAUUGAAGCAAAUUAAAAUUAAACCACAUGAUGCUAUUAUUAUCACUCACUCUCUUAGUAAAGACAUUAAUGGCGAAGUAGCAAUGACACAAGGCCAUGCUAUUCGUUGUUUAUGCUCUCUUCUCGAUGCAAAUAGUGCAUUAACUCUCGAAAAGUUCCUUAAGCCUGCCAUCAGCUCAAAUAACCCAUAUACAUCAUCAUCAGCACUUUGUGGUGCUCUUAAGAUUAUUGAAGGUGGCAGAAAAGACGCCGUUUUAAGGUGGCUUUAUGAAAUUCGUCAAGCAUCAAAUUCAACACAACGAUCUGUUCGUUUUCACGCAUUACUUCUACUUCAUGCUCUUCGAAGUGAUGAUCUUCAUGCGUCUGCUCAAUUAUCGAGUACAUUAGAACCAUCUAAGAGCAUUCUUGAACAAUGCAUCCAAAUCUCGAUUGCUACACAAACUCUCAAGCUCAAACAAACCGAUCAAGUUAUGAAUUUCUUACGUCAAUCAAUCAAUUCUAAUUCACCACAAACAUGUCUUGAAACCAUUCGUAAAUGCGGUUCAUACUUACCUAACGAGUCCGCCACUGCGAUUUUUUCAUUCUUUGGUGGUUCAAUUCUUCGGUCGUUCGCCGCAGUCCGUACUAUUGCAAAUUCGACAAACAUCCAAGUCUAUUCAUCACUUCUUCCACAAAUCAUCGAACUUACUAAGCACAGCAACAGCUCUCUUGCCGCCCUUGCCAGCAUCUGCGUUCUUCGUCUUGGCGAUGAAUCACACAUGGACAUCGCUACUAAGCGUAUCCUUAAGAACUGCAAGAAAUGGGCUACACCACUUCUUAAAUCAGUUGCACAAGAGGCAUGUGUCUUUGCUGGCAAGUACAAAUCGGACAAGUUAACAGACGUCGCAGUUUUACUUCUCAAAUACACGAAUGACAAGAAAUCUAAGUUCUCGAUCCUUCGAUCUCUUCUUACUACAGAAG